UGGUUCAUGAAAUCCAUGGUACCAUCUAUUCAACCAAGCACUAGAACUCUUCCCAUACUAUUGCAAUACGCACAACGACUAGGCAAAGACCGGAAUUUAAAGAGCAGCCAAAUGACAGACUUGCUAGGGAAGUGGUUGGACCAUUUUGGUAUGCACGUCGACCAUGAUCCGCGCGCUUGGAUCGGAAAUCGCAUGUGGUAUAAUCUGCAGGAAGUGGGAAAACCUGAGAUCAAAGCUCUAUGCCUACCCUCAUUUGUUCAGAGCUCAAUCGCCGAAGUUCCUUAAGCUUUUGAUCAGACAUGGGGUGAAUCUUAGUUGGACUUCCGGCGCCGGGAAUAUUCUGUGCCACGCCGUGGAUAAUUAUCACCUUCCUAUGGUCAAGACCCUACUCGAGGCCGGGAUGGAUUCGAACGAUGGAGGAGCGAGCGAUUCUAUCAGUCCAUUUAAUCGAAUCCUCGUGCCAUCCAACCGAGAAGAUUCAGUCCAGCGACAAAUGAGACAAGUGAUUGCAGAGUUACUUCUACAACACGGCGCCAACCCCAACAUACCUUAUCCCGACAACGAGUAUCCGAUUUAUAAAGCUGUCGUUUCUAUGGACUACUUUUACUGUCGGAUGCAUUCGCAAGGCUUUAAACUUCUCACCUCUCUCUGCGAAAACUUGAACGUCCAAAGUAACCGAGGAAAAACUGCGCUUUAUCAUGUCAUGGAAAACGACAAACCCUGGCACAACUAUAUUAAAGUCCUACCAUACGCAUCGGUCUUAAUAGAAGCGGGUGCGGACCCCAUAAUGCAAGAUUCUUCGGGUAGAACUCCGUUCGAGUCGUUUGUUGCGAAGUCUACUUUCGGGAUCGGCAACUUUGCCCGUUACGCGAAUAAGCGGCGCUAUAGUGACAUCUACUGCCAACUACACUUCUGCACUCACUAUGCGCUUAAGCUCAACAGAGUUGACUUGCUCCCCGCUCAGGCUGUGUACAACUAAGUCUAUGCUGAGCACGUCAUAAAGAAGUUCCCCUCUAACAUUAAAUGCUUGACUUCGG